AGUUAGUUGGUGCAGUUUGCAGUUUGUGUAGAUUUCCGUUUUCAAGCUCCCAACGCUUUCUCGUUUUCUUCAAGACUCAUUUAUUUUUUACCGGUUUCUGAAAAAUUCCGAAUGUGCGGUGCCAAUAUCGACGCAGUCGUAGCUCAUGCUAAUUCAGUGAAGAUACCAGGUCCUGGAGACAAAAUCUUCAAGGAUGAAUGUGUUUAUUCAUUUGAUACGCCUGAAUCUGAAUCAGGCUUGUACAUUUGCUUGAAAACGUUUUUGGGUCUCGGGAAAGAUCACUUAGAGAGACAUGUCCGAAAAACAAACAGUCAUCUUUUUCUCCAUCAUAAGCAGAUUAAGACAGAGCGUAAAAGUUCAUCAGUUGAAGGUGAUGGACCAGAGAAGAAAAUCACAAGAUUGGCUAUUGGUACUGAAGGAGGGUUUGAUCCAAAUGGCGGUAAGGAGUAUGAUAUCACUCAUGAGUACUCUAUCGUCAUUUUACCAGAAUUCACAGUUAUACCUUAUCCCUGUGAUAAAUUACCAGAUGUGGUUCAAAAAUCGGCGAAGAAAAUAAUUGAGUCGGAUUCUGCCACAAAAAUAGCAGAAUUAAGUGCCUUAAGUGGUACAUGGGAUGGUGAGAUACGCAGUGUUUCAAAACAUGCAGCUCACCUGGUUCAGUUGGAUAAUGGCAAAAAAAUUCCUCCCAGUGGAUGGAAGUGCGAAAAGUGUGAUUUGGACACCAAUCUGUGGCUAAAUCUGACAGAUGGGUCAAUUAUGUGUGGCAGGAAGUUUUACGAUGGAACUGGUGGAAACAAUCAUGCUGUCCAGCAUUAUCAAGAAACAGGUUACCCUUUGGCAGUUAAAUUAGGUACAAUCACAAAAGAUGGCAAGGGUGAUGUUUUCAGUUAUGCGGAGGAUGAUAUGGUUGAAGAUCCUAAUUUGGUUGCUCAUUUGGCACAUUUUGGCAUCAAAACAUCUCAAAUGGAGAAGACAGAUAAAUCAAUGGUAGAGUUGGAGCUUGAUCUGAACCAAAAAUUUGGAGAGUGGGCUGCGCUACAAGAAGCAAGCAGUCAGCUGAAACCUAUCUACGGCCCUGGAUACACUGGCCUUGUUAAUUUAGGAAACUCAUGCUAUUUUAACAGCCUUUUACAAGUGAUCUUCACAAUACCUGAUUUCAUUCAAAAGUAUGUGGAUAAUGCGGAGACGAUAUUUAAUUCAAACAUACCAAAUCCGGCUGAAGACUUCAAUGUUCAAAUGGCUAAAUUAGGCUGUGGUUUAAGAUCUGGAAAGUACUCCAAACCACCAUCAAGCUCUGCAGACUCUCCAUGCACUCAAGAAGGCAUUUCUCCAAAUAUGCUUCUGAACUUGAUCGCCAGAGGACAUCCUACGUUUGCCUCCAAAAUCCAACAAGAUGUGCAAGAAUAUUUCUUACACUUUAUAUCAGUUCUUCAACAAAACUGUAAGAACUCUGUUGACCCAUCAGAAAGUUUUAAGUUUCAAGUUGAAGAAAGAUUCCAAUGCUCCAGAAGUAAUAAAGUUAAGUAUCUUCACCGUGAUGAGUAUUGUCUUCCAUUGCCUAUACCCCUAGAAGCAGCAAUAAACAAAGCAGAAGUAGAAGCCUUUGAACAAAGAAAAAUAGAAGCAGAAGCUAAAGGUGCAAAAUUAGACCCUAGUGACGUCGUGCGACCUAUAGUGAAAUUGUCCUCUUGCCUUGAAGCACUCAUUAAGAGUGAGACCAUAGACCAAUUUUUCAGCUCUGCUGUGAAUGAUAAAACUACUGCAUUUAAAACAACUAAACUUUCAACCUUCCCAGAUGUUCUAUUACUUCACGUUAAAAAAUUUAAACUACGGGAAGAUUGGACGCCGAUCAAAUUAGAUGUUUCUAUCGAUAUGCCAGACACUGUCGAUCUGUCAAUAUUAAGAGGAAAUGGCUUACAACCUGGUGAAGAACUAUUACCAGAGACAGAAGGGCCACCUCCAGUUCAGUUUAACGAAGCGAUACUCAACGAACUUGUCAAUAUGGGUUUCCCAUUAGAAGCAUGUAAAAAAGGUUGUUUCUUCACGAAAAACCAGUCUUUAGAGGCUGCCACCCAGUGGCUCAUGGAGCACUUGUCGGACAGUGAUUUUUCUGAUCCUUUCGUUCCUCCGGGCACGUCAAGCCAGAAAGCCUCAGGUUUUACUCCUAAUCAAGAGUCUGUGGCAAUGUUGAUGUCCAUGGCGUGCGUCGAAGAAAACAUGGCAGUUGCAGCUUUGAAAGAAACCAACAAUAAUUUGGAAAUGGCAGCAGAUUUAAUUUUCAGUAAUCCAGAUUCCCUGAAGGAAAAAAUCAAGCAACAAAAUGAAAGUUCUCAAGAUGCAUCUUCAUCUCAACAACCACAAUUCCGAGAUGGAGGUUCUCAAUACAAACUAGUGGCAUUUAUUUCGCACAUGGGGACAUCAACAAUGGCUGGUCACUAUGUGUGCCAUAUUCUAGUCGAUGGGCAGUGGAUUAUUUUUAAUGACAAUAAGGUCGCUGUUUCAGAAAAUCUACCCAAAACUCUAGGCUAUUUGUAUUUCUACCGAAGAAUUUGAAGAAAACUCCAAGGCAAAAAUAAAAAAUAAUUAUUUGCAUUAUGAUAAA